AUGGUUAGUGGAUAUGAGGUCAGAGAGGCGAUUUUUGAUAUGAGUCCAGCAAGUUUAGCAGGUCCAGAUGGAUUCAAUAGCACUUUUUAUCAUAAGUGCUGGUCAAUUAUUGCUACGGAUGUCAUAGAAUUUGUAAAGAGUUUCUUCAAUGGCAACAAUCUUACAAGAUUCUAUUCUCAUACAUGUUUGGUUUUAAUACCAAAAGUGGAAUCCCCAUCAACACUUGCUGAAUUCAGGCCAAUAGGUUUGAGCAACUUUUCUGCUAAGAUCAUUUCUAAAAUAUUGGCCAGAAGACUGAAUCCAUUGUUGCCUAAGCUGAUUUCAGAGAAUCAAAGUGGAUUUGUGAAGGGACGACUCAUCACUUAUAAUGUGCUGCUUACUCAAGAAAUAAUUCAUGGGAUAUCGGAUCCUAAUACAGGGGGAAAUAUGGUGAUAAAACUGGAUAUGGCUAAAGCGUAUGACAGAGUAUCUUGGGAGUUCCUAUUAUCUGUCAUAAGGAACUUUGAUUUCUCUAGCUGGUGGACUGAGAUAAUUGGUAGGCUGAUCUCAGAAGUAUGGUACUCGAUCAUUGUUAAUGGCACAAGGAGGGGUUUCUUCACCUCAUCUCAAGGCUUGAAACAAGGGGAUCGUUUAUCCCCAUCUUUAUUUAUCUUAGGAGCUGAGGUCUUCUCUAGAUUAUUGAAUAGACUAUAUGAUGAUCAGAGGUUUAUUCCAUUUUCUAUGAACAAUAGAGGGCCUAAAAUCAACCAUCUGGCGUACGCAGAUGACAUGGUUAUAUUUUGCGGAGGGAAGAGUAAGUCGAUAAAGCUGGUGAUGAAGCAGAUUAGGCUCUAUGAAAAGAGCUCUGGACAGAAAGUGAACGAAGACAAGAGCUUCUUUUGUACGUCUCCAAAAGUAUCUAUUUCCAGGGAUAACAUGAUGAUAGAUAAGACUGGUUAUAAGCAUAAACAAAUCUCUGGUUGGAAAUGCAAGCUACUGUCCAGUGGAGGAAAAGCGAUAUUGAUCAAGCAUGUACUUCAAGCACAUACCUUAGCAGCAAUGAACCCUCCUAAGGGCACUCUAAAAUUAAUGCAAAGGCAUUUGGCGAGAUUCUUUUGGGGUACAAGCAAUGAUAAGCAAAGAUAUCAUUGGUCUGCUUGGGAAAAUCUAUGCUAUUCUAAAGAGGAAGGAGGAAUUGGAAUAAAGAGAAUGGAAGCAAUUAGUGACUCAUUUGCUUAUCAAAGGUGGUGGAAAUUCAGAACUGAAGAUUCUCUAUGGGCAUCACUCUUGAGAGCAAAGUACUGCUCAAGAGUACAUCCUGUAGCUAAAGCCAGUAGCUCAAAACAAUCCCAUUCAUGGGGAAAGUUGAUGCAGAUCAAGAGGAAAGCAGAACAGAACCUCACUUGGAAAAUACAAAUGGGCAACAACAAUUUAAGGUGGGAUAACUGGACAGGAAAAGGAGCAUUGGCUGAACUAAUUCCAUGUCAAGCAAAGUUUGCUAAAGACAAGGUGGAAGAUUAUAUUCAAGGAGGUACAUGGAAUGUUAUGAAGUUAGCAAAGAUCAUACCUGUACACAUUAUUAGCCAAAUUACCAAAUUAAUGAUUGGAGAUAAAAAUACACAAGACUAUGCUAUUUGGGACCCUGCAGCAGAUGGACAAUUUUCAACCAAGUCGACUCAUCACCUUACUAGAACUCCAAGGCAGAAGGAUCAAUUCAGAAUGUGGAAGAAAUUAGGUGGACCUUUGGGCAUUGAUGUUAAUGCUAUAUCUAUUAACAACAUGCUAAGGAAAUGGUGGAAAAUUAAACCGAAGAAUGGGAUAUGGGGAACAGAAGAAAAUGUGGCAGAGAACCAUGGAACACCAGAUUUGGAUUCAAUUGAUGCAUUAAGGCAGACUAUUCUCCAGCUAAAUUGCACAGUAUCUCAUUAUUUUAGAGAAGCGAACCAGAAUGUUGAUAGCUUGGCGAAGUUUGCAGCUGGAUUAGUUGAUCCUUGUAUGUAUUUUGACUAG